AUGGCGGAGGUCGGAAGGCUAUAUCUCGAGUGUUCGAAGAUUCCGCACCUUGCACUCUCCAUUGCUGCGAAGCGCGCAGCGGCCGCUCGUUCCACGUCAACAUGCCUCAAUCAGCGACGGCUUGUUGUUUCGCAGCCAGUCCGGCGGUCUGUAUCUGUGCUGUCAGAGCCUUUACAGGCCGCUGCGAGAAGAACCGCAUAUAGAUCCUCUUCCUCCUCGCGGCGCAGAUACGCCUCCUCUACGACGAAGCAAACCCUCCCAAACCCCAACAUCCCUCGUCCGGUAGUACAGUCCCCAUCGCAACACAAACCCAGACCGACGCUCCUGGACCGCGCCACCGCCCAGGAUGCGCUCGACGCGCUCGCGGCCAGGAACAGGAGGCAGCGCAUCCACAUGUCCUCCAACACGUACUUCUGGGUCACGUCGCUGUUUGGCUUCCUCCUCUCCACCUACGUCGCCUACACGUACAUGUCCUACGCGCGGUCCGUCAGGGAGUCGGAGCGUCUCGAUCUCCCGCAAAACGCCGACGUCUCGUCCCGGUGGCUGGACCUCUCGAGGAACUUUGACGACGAGGUCGAGUUGUCCGAGAAGCUCAUGUUUCUGCGGAGCAAGAGGGAGAAGCUGUGCAGAGAGGCGCGGGGGAAUGUGCUGGAGGUGAGUGCCGGUACGGGGAGGAAUAUGGAGCUGUACCGCCUGGAUCCACUGGUCACGCCGGAGGACAAGAGAGUGCAGAGCUUGGUGUUCAACGAUUUGAGUGGGGUGAUGCUGUCACAGGCACAGAGGAAGUUUGAGAAGCUGCAGGAGAAGGCCAAGGAGAAUAGACGGUUUUCAGGACCUGUGCAGUUCGUGGUUGGUGACGCCGGCGACAAGGGCCUGAUCAAGAGGCCAGAAGGGGGGUUUGACACGAUCAUUCAAACAAUGGGGAUCUGCAGCGAGACUAACCCGGUGGCGUUUUUGAGGCAGCUGGGAGAACUGUGCAGACAACCCGGGGAGAAGAGCCAGGGGGUCGACGCGAAGAUUAUCGAAAAGGAAUCUCAGCAACGUCUUGAGGAUCUCGGCAAACGAAGUGUUGUCUCGGACCCAGAGCAGAAGAGGCAGCAAGAAGACGAGGAUGCACUUGUUGCCGAGUAUGGAGGUGACCUGGGAGGGAGGAUUCUCCUCCUCGAACAUGGCCGAUCAUACCUCGGAUUCAUCAACCGGGUCCUGGACAACGGUGCCAAAAUGCACGCUGAUCACUAUGGAUGUUGGUGGAACAAAGACAUUGACCAAAUCAUCAGGGAUAGCGGUCUGAUUGUGGAGCGGAAGAGGAGAUAUCACUUUGGGACGACGUAUGAGUACGUGCUCAGGCCGAGACCGAGGCCGAGACGUGGAAGUGAGGCAGAGGAUGAGGAGGACAAGAUGACAGGUGCAACGAAGAAUGCUGUAAAGGAUUUGGAUUCGAGUCAAGGUGAGCAGCAGGUCAAAGGGCGGACGGGAGGAUGGUUUCGCAGGAAUUGA